CAAAAUGCAGUUUCUCCGUCCAAAAAUCAAAACACAAUCUUUAUCCCAUUUGAUUAACCUUCUUUUGAUCUCUUCUUCUGUAUGUAUCGUAUUUCUUUUAGUUUCAUUAUUCUUAGUUAGUUCUUCCAGGACUUCAGAUUUGUUCUUUUCUUCUUCACAUGAUGUGUAUGCACCAGCCAGUCUUGAGCAUAUUGUAUUUGGAAUUGCUUCCAACAAGAACUCAUGGCCAAAGCGUAAAGAAUAUGUCAAGCUUUGGUGGAGACCUGAGAAAAUGCGAGGAUGUGUAUUCCUUGAAAGCUUGCCAUCUGAUACAGAUUCAAAGAGUAAUGAUAAUAGUUCUCUUCCACCAUUAUGCAUCUCUGAGGACACUUCACGAUUUCGUUACACUUAUAGAGGAGGUCAGCGAUCAGCAAUUAGAGUUGCGCGUGUUGUUGUAGAGACCGUUGCUCUUAAUCACUCUGAUGUACAGUGGUAUGUUUUUGGUGAUGAUGACACAGUUUUCUUUCCGGAUAAUCUAGUCAAGACUCUGUCAAAGUAUGACCCUGGACUGUGGUACUACAUCGGCUCAAAUUCAGAGGAUCAUGAACAGAACAGAAUCUUCAGUUUUCAAAUGGCUUUUGGAGGAGCAGGUUUCGCCAUAAGUGCUUCUCUAGCGAAUGUUCUGGCUAAAGUCUUUGAUUCCUGUAUUGAACGAUAUCCUCAUCUUUAUGGAAGUGAUUCUAGGAUCUAUUCUUGCUUGGCAGAGCUUGGUGUAAGCCUCACACUCGAGCCCGGUUUCCACCAGUUUGAUGUUCGGGGAAAUCUCUUUGGUCUUUUGGCUUCACAUCCCACAGCGCCUUUGGUAUCAGUCCAUCAUUUAUAUCACAUGGGCCCUAUUUUCCCUAAUUUGACAACGGUCAAGGCCCUGGAACAUUUAUUUGAAGCUGCAAAUGUUGAUCCCGGGAGAAUUUUACAACAAACCAUUUGCUAUGACCGCUGGUUUUCUUGGACUAUUUCUGUGUCCUGGGGUUAUGCUGUCCAGGUGUUUGGCAGACAUAUUCAUUUACCGGAUAUUCUUCCAGUGCAAGAGACAUUUCAGCAAUGGAAAAAGAGAAAUAGCCCACCGGAUUAUACUUUUAAUACAAGAGAACUUCACCCUGACCCCUGCCAAAGACCCACAAUUUUCUUUUUGGAUAAUGUAACUUCUGGAAGAGAUGGAAUUAGAACCAGUUACAGGAAAUCAUUCGUAAAUUGUUCACAUGACAUGGCUUCUCCAAGAAAACUCGAAGAAAUCAGAGUGCUGUCACAUAAAUUAGAUCUUCAUCUUACCGAGUUACAGGCUCCUAGAAGGCACUGUUGUGAUGUAUUGCCAUCUUCCGCUGGCCAAAUAAUGGACAUUGCCAUCAGAGAGUGCAAAGAAGAAGAGCUAAUCCACAUGCAUUGAUAGCAUCAUAAAUUAACAAUAUGGUCAAUACAAAGUUAUAUCUGUAUCUAGAUCUCAUGCUUUUUUUUCCCUUUUUUUAUUUAUAACAGACAAUGGUGAAGGUAUAAUUAAUUGCAAAUCAACAUAUUUCAUACUUGUAUAC